GAGAGAGAGAGAGAGAGAGAGAGAGAGAAAUAAUGGAGAAGAAAAAUAUAGCAACAAGAAGAGCACAUUGCUUGGUGUUAGCAUACCCUGCAUAUGGCCAUAUCAACCCUAUGCUGCAGUUGUCGAAGCUGUUGCUUCGUGAAGGAGUGAGAGUAACGUUUGUGACAACUAUUUUCUACGCGAAUAUUGUGCAGAAAGUGCCUCCUCCCAUUACACUGGAAACCAUUUCUGAUGGGUUUGAUGAAGUUGGCUAUACAGGUGCUGCCAGCCUCAAAGAAUACACAGAGAAAUUUUGUGAAGUUGGGUCACUCACCUUUGCUGAGCUUCUUGAGAAACUUGGAAGAUCAGAAGAUGAUCGUGUUGAUUGUGUUAUCUAUGAUUCAUUCUUCCCUUGGGCAUUGGAUGUUGCAAAGAGAUUUGGGAUAGUUAGUGCUUCUUAUCUCACUCAAAACAUGACUGUGAAUAGUAUAUACUAUCAUGCUCAAAUGGGAAAGUUGCAGGUUCCACUCAAACAAGAUGAAAUUUCCCUUCCCACCUUGCCUAAACUUCAACCUCAGGACUUGCCUACAUUUUUCCUUACUUACGAAAAACAACCAUUUCUGCUUCCUUUUCUUAUGGACCAGUUCUCCAACAUCGACAAAGCUGAUUGGAUCCUCUGCAACACAUUAUACGACAUGGAUAAAGAGAUUGUAGAUGGAUUCAAGGAGAUUUGGCCUAAAUUUAGGUGUAUUGGACCAAAUAUACCAUCUUUCUUCUUAGACGAACAAUAUGAAGAAGAUCAAGAUUAUGGGGUGACAGAAUUGAAGAGGGAUGAAUGCAUAGAAUGGUUAGAUGAUAAGCCAAAAGAUUCUGUUGUUUAUGUAUCAUUUGGGAGUAUUGCAAGCUUUGAGAAGGAGCAAAUGGAAGAAAUAGCUUGUUGUUUGAAAGAGUGUUCACAUUACUUUCUGUGGGUGGUUAGAAAGUCAGAAGAGGCCAAUCUCCCAAAAGGUUUUGAGAAGAAAACGGAAAAGGGUUUUGUAGUGACAUGGUGCUCCCAGCUAAAAGUCCUGGCUCAUGAGGCUAUAGGAUGUUUUGUGACACAUUGUGGUUGGAAUUCGACGUUAGAAACUUUGUGCUUAGGAGUGCCAACAAUUGCAAUACCAUUUUGGUCAGAUCAAAGCACGAAUGCAAAACUUAUGGAAGAUGUUUGGAAGAUGGGAAUUAGGGCUCCCUUUGAUGAAAAAAAGGUUGUGCGAAGAGAAGCUCUGAAGCAUUGCAUAAGAGAAAUAAUGGAGAAUGAGAAAGGAAAUGAGUUGAAAAACAAUGCCAAUCAAUGGAGGACUUUAGCUGUGAAGGCUGUUAAAAGUGGUGGAAGUUCUCAUAAAAAUAUUCUAGAAUUCGUAAAUAGCUUCUUUCAUUAGUAGUACAUGCAUGAAAACGAUCACUACUAUGACAACUAUGCAUUUUUUAAGU